UGCCUGGGCUCUGGGUGGCUCACAGAGAUCCCUCUCCAUGCCCAGGGAGGAUGGUGCCUGAGGGGUUUUCCUGCUCCUCUCCAAGCCCUGGCUCUGCAGGAUGGGCCUGAGCUCCUCCAGGGCGCAGCCCAGGGUGACCAGGGUGGCCCCAGUGCCCAGCCAGGGGGAUGUGGCUGCUGUGGGUGCCCUGCAGGGGCUGCCCAGAGAGCCAGGCCAGCCCUCAGCCUGGGCAAAGCCCAUCUUCCAGCUGGAACUGCCUCCUCUGCGGGAGACCUGGUACGGGAGAGCCUCGGCAGGGCCCCUCUCUUGGAACACCUUGCCAGGACAGGAUGGCACCAGCAUCAUCAAGCAGCACCCACCUCGGAGGCCUCAGAGGCUUGAACCUGCCAUCCCUCCACAAGCAAUCACUCCUGCCAAGCCCUGGAGUCAGCCAGGCGUGGCUGCAAGCCCAAAGCCAAAGGUGCUGGAGAAGAGGGGGCAAAGCCUGAAUCCCCUCCCUGGCAGGAGGCAGCACCUGCACAAGCUUCAGAUGCUGGACUUGACCCGCAAGCGACGAGAGGCGGAGCUGAAGAGGAAUCUCCACAGGGAGGCGAAAAUCAAUAAGCAAAACAUCAAGGAAUUCAGCCCCAAGGAUGUCCUUGACAGUCCCCAGAGAGGUGACAGCACCAGAAGCCCGGACCCCAUCCCUGCUGGGCACCAUCAGCGUUUUCCUGAAGACAGCCCUGGAAGCACGUGGGCUGGAGGACUCUGCAGGGCUGAAUCCUCUCCAGACAGGAGGGGGAAGGUUGACCUGUGGUUCUGCAGGGAGCCACGGAGCAAGGAUCUGUUCUGGGACUCCUCCAGCACAGGCUCAGAGGAGUGGGAAGAGAGGGAAGAGAGGAUUCACCACAAACCCACGCUCGUGAGGACCAAGACAGAGAGAAUUUCCCUCUUUGAUGACUUCUUUGACAGGGAUUUCUAGUGGCAUGUGCCAAAGAAACCCCCCCAGCUCUGGAGGGGCUGGAUCCCCCCAGAUGGACGGGCGGAGGAUGGAGGCAGUGAGUGUGGAGGAGUGAGGGGAAGAUAGGAAAAGGCAGAUAUUUCUAGUUAAAAAAUACAAAUUUGAGCUAAAGGGGACAUUGCAGUUAAGUUCUGUACCUGUCCCAGAUGCCAUCCUUGUUCUAGACCACAGUCCCCUGGCUUCUCAACCAGGGAUGUAAUUGUGGCUUCUGAAAGCAUUUUAUCAUAGAAUGGUUUGCAUUGGAAGGGACCUUAAAUAUCAUCUAAUUCCAACUCUGUAAGUGUUGGAAGUGGAAUAUCUGUGAGUAUGGGCCAGUGGGAAGGACAUCUGGAAAUGAGGAGCUCACUGAUGAGGGGUGAACAAAAACCCUCUGGGUUGUGUGGCUAAAUCAAAAUAUCUGGGCAAGAAAGCCUUGGAUGGAGCAGCAGUGAAAUGGGGGUGGAGAGAGGAGGAGGGGGCUGGGGAAAGUUCUGGGUUAACCUCAAAUAUCAAAUUUCAACUGAAAUGAAAUGUUUCUCUUGCCUUUGAGUUACUCAAUCCUCCUGGUUAAAUUGGGGUUAACCUUUCCUAAACCACAAACCCCAGUUCAAAAUGCAAUGUAAAAUGAUUCAUUUAGAAUGCCUUUAAAUUACAUUUUUUUUCACAUUUCUAAAAUUCCUCUUUCACUUUUGUGGCUUUUGGUGGAUUUUUUUUUUUUUCUUUUCAGUUUGUGGGGGUUUUUUUGUUUGUUGUUUUUGGUUUUUUGGGUUUUUUAUUAUUUCCUCUCCUCCCUGUCCUGCACACAGAAAUACACGCACUUGCUUCAGAACUAACCUCCAGAUUUAUAUAUAAUCUGAAAAAUCUGGCUUUGGUUCACUUUUUUUCCCUGUCCAGGGUUCAGUGCUGGGGAGUGACUGAUGGAAAUGGAGAAAUCUCCAUCUUUUUCCUGCAGACACUCUCCCAGGGAUGCUGAUCAAGGCUGCAGCAACUCCUAGGGAUUUUAACAAGCUGCCCUGUUGCAAUCUGACAUUUCCAACCACAUUGAAAAAUAGGGUUCUAUGAAGGUGUCUGAUCUAUCAAAAAUGCUCUUGCAGUUUCCAUCUCACAUAAACAGAAUUUUUUUAUUAUAUGAUCUCAUUUUCCUUACAAAAAAAUAAUUUGUUACCUGAGAGGGAACUUCACUCAAUUCUCUGUAUCCCAUCUGGUUGUCCCUGGAGGUCCAGAAAGGCCACCAAGUUUGUGGCUUCACAGCACUUAUAUAAAAGGAGAUUUCAGUUAAAUAUCAGUUAUUUUAACGUGGCAAACUGGAUAGGAAGAGGACUGGUGAAACACAAGGGAGGGGGAGAUUUCCCCAGCAGCCCUGGGGGGCAGACAGCUCUGAUUGCCAGCACCAGCCUUGCCUCUGUUGGCAGCUGCAGAGCUGACCACGGGCACUGACUCUUCCUGGUGCCUCCUGCUUGUCUCCCUCCCUUCCCACCUGGUCUUUUUGGAACUACCAGGGGGACAAAACAUCUUCAGAUCAGCUCCUUGCUGCAGGGCAGGGCUCCAGGUGUAGCAAAUAUCAUUACCAUUGUAGCCUCUCUCCGGCGGCCGCGGGGCUGUGCGGGAGCCCGGCUGGGUGCCCCCGGCCCGGCCGAAGAUGGCCACACGCAGUGCCACUCCCGGAUCCCCUCCGGUAACCUGGGC